CAGCGAGAGCCGGGUUCUUCGUUGCUGAACAGCGGAGCCGCUUUAGGCUUAGUGAGGUGCUUCCUGGGCUGUGAUCUGAACGCCGCUGCCAGGAACUGGGAGGAGAGCACCGGCAAACUCGGAAGCUGGUCAUGGACUCAGUGACGUUUGGGGAUGUGGCUGUUAACUUCACCCAGGAAGAGUGGACUUUGCUGGAUCCUUUUCAGAAGAACCUAUACAUUAAUGUGAUGCUGGAAACCUGCAGUAACCUUGUUUCUGUGGGAAUCAAAUCAGAAUACCAGACCAUUGAAGAGCAGUAUAAACAUCCUGGGAGAAAUCUAAGACAUGAAAGAACUCACACCAGGGAAAAGCUCUAUGAAUGCAAGGAGUGCAGCAAAACCUUCAAAGGUCAGAGUUCUCUUCAGUUACAUGAACGAUCCCACACUGGAGAGAAACCCUAUAAAUGUAAGAUCUGUAGUAAAGCCUUUCUAUGUUCCUCUUUCCUUCAAAGACAUGAAAGGACUCACUGUGAAGCAAAACCCUAUGCUUGUAAACAGUGUGGUAAAGACUUUAAAGAUCAAAAUUCCUUUCAAAGGCACAAAGUUUCUCAUGUUGGGGAAAAACCUUAUGAAUGUAAACAGUGUGGUAAGUCCUUCAUUUAUCCAUGUUUACUUCAAGUUCAUGUAAGAACACACACUGGUGAGAAACCCUAUGAAUGUAAACAAUGUGACAAAGCAUUCAGAAGCCUGAGUUACCUUCAUAUACAUGAAGGAAGUCAUACUGAAGAAAAGCCCUAUGAAUGUAAACAGUGCGGUAAAACUCUCAGUUGUUCUAGUGCCCUACAGUUACAUAAAAGAACACACACUGGAGAAAAGCCCUAUGUGUGUAAACAGUGUGGAAAAGCCUUUAGGGAUUUCAGUUACCUUCGAGUACAUGAAAGGACUCACACUGGAGAAAAACCCUAUGAAUGUAAACAGUGUGGGAAAACUCUCAGUUGCUCAAGUUCCCUUCAACUACAUGAAAGAACCCAUACUGGAGAAAAACCUUAUGAGUGUAAGCAGUGCGGUAAAGCCUUCAGAGGUCUCAGUCAUCUUCGAGUACAUGAAAUAAUUCACACUGGUAAAAAACCCCAUGAAUGUAAACUAUGUGGUAAAGCCUUCAGAUAUCAUAGUUUACUUCGAGUACAUGAAAGAACCCACACUGGUGAAAAACCUUAUGCUUGUAAACAAUGUAGUAAAGCCUUCAAAAGUCUCAGUAAUCUUCGAAUACAUGAAAAAACUCAUAGUGGUUUCUAUGAAUGUAAACAAUGUGGCAAAACCCUCAGUUCUUCCAAUUCCCUUCAAGUACACGAAAGAGCACAUACUGGAGAAAAAUCUUAUGAAUGUAAACAAUGUGGCAAAACCUUUAGACGUUUCAGUAAUCUUCAGGCACAUGAAAAAACUCAUGCUAAAGGAAAACCCUAUGAAUGUAAACAAUGUGGUAAGUCCUUCAUUUAUCAGUAUUUACUUGAAAAACAUGAGAAGUCUCAUACUGCAGAAAAACCCUAUAAGUGUACGAUAUGCAGUAAAGCCUUUAUUUGCCCUUCUUUCCUUCAAAGACAUGAAAGAAUACAUAGUGGGAAAAUACCCUAUGAAUGUGUACAAUGUGAUAAAGCAUUCAAAAGCCUCAGUUCCCUUCAAUUACAUGAAAAAGCUCAUGCUAGAGAAAAGCAUUAUGACUGUACACAGUGUGGUAAAACCUUCAGAUGUCACAGUCUCCUUCAGGCACAUGAAAGAACCCAUACUGGUGAAAAACCCUAUGAAUGUGAAGAAUGUGGUAAAACCUUCAAAAGUGCUGGUUACCUUCGAAUACAUGAAAAAACUCAUAGUGGUUUCUAUGACUGUAAACAGUGUGGUAAAAUUCUCAGUUGUUCAAGUUCUCUUCAAUUACAUGAAAGAACUCACACUGGAGAAAAACCCUACGAAUGUAAACAGUGUGGUAAGGCCUUCAGAAGUCAAAGUUCCCUUCGAAGACAUGAAAGAAUUCAUGCUGGAGAGAAACCCUAUGAAUGUAAACAGUGUGGUAAGUCCUUCAUUUAUCCAUGCUACCUUCAAAUGCAUGAGCGGUCUCAUACUGGAGAGAAACUCUAUAAAUGUAAUAUAUGUAGUAAAGCCUUUCUUUAUCCCUGUUUCCUUCAAAUGCACGAAAGAACUCACACUGGUGAAAAACCUUACGAAUGUAAGCAGUGUGAUAAAGCCUUCCGAAGUCAUAGUUCCCUUCAAAUGCAUGAAAAAAUUCAUACAGGAGAAAAACCCUAUGAAUGUAAACAGUGUGGUAAAGCUUUAAUAAGUCAUAGUUCUCUUCAGAGGCAUAAAAUCGCUCAUGUUGGAGGAAAACGCUAUGAAUGAAAACAAUGUAGUAAGUCCUUCAUUUAUCCAUAUUUACUUCAAAUUCAUGAAAGAUCUCACACUGGAGAGAAACCCUAUGAAUGCAAAUACUGUGGUAAAGCCUUUACAUGUUACCGCUCCCUUCGAAGACAUGGAAAAACGCAUACCUAAGGAAAAACCCCUAUGUAUGCAAACAAACAUGCAAGAAUGUUGAGAAUUUCUAGUUCUCUUCAAAUAUGUGGAAGUACUGGGAAAAGAGCUAAUGAGUAUAAAACAAAUGAAGGCUUUAGGAUUUGUUUGCUUGCUUGCUAUGGAAAGCUUGAGAGGACUCACUGGAGAAAAUUCCGCGAAUUUAAGAUAUAUCUUAAGAUCUUUAGUUCCAUUUGAAGACAUCAAAAUAUCUGGUGUUAAACCACAUGAAUGAAUGAAAUAUUCAUUUCUCAAACAUCUUCUCAAAUACAUAAGCUAAUGUGCCAUGAAGGUAGUCCUAUAAAACAGGCAUUGGGCUGAAACUGCUGCAGUUUGGAAAGUAAAAAAAAAGUAAAAGCUCAUUUUAAUUACAUUAAAAAUCAUGUGAUAACUCCAACUAGGAGAAGAAUCUACAAAUUUAUGUGAACAGUGAAGCAAAUCAUGCUCAAUGUGUCAUAGCAUGAAUGAAAAGCUGUGUAAUUUGUGAAUGUCUAGUGUUUACCAGUGAUUUGAGUUUGAAGAAGAUCCCAGCAGCAUCUGAUUGUGAAGAUCUGUACUCUUGGGUACUUUGGUUUUGAAGUAGGAGAUAGUAAGUCCAAACUACUUAAUGAGACCAAUCUCAAUAAAAAUUGGAAAAGAGAUAGGUAAGUAGCUCAUUUGUUCAGCACUGGUCUUCUAGUUUGAUUCCCACUCCCACCAUCAAGAGAAGUAAGAAGGUCCCUAGGUGAUGAAUUUCUGCUUCUUUUGCAAUAAAACAUUGAGAUGAAGAUUUUCUAAGUGUAGACAUGUACUUUUAGCAGCAGACAUAAUUGGUGAUAAAGAUUAUUAGACAAUGUCCUAAUCAUAGUGUAUUCUUAUAGUGUAGCCUACCAUACACUUAAGCUAUAUGGUAUGAUUUCAAGACUCCUCUAGUCUAUGGAAUGUUACUUUAUUGCAUAUUUUAGGCAUGGUACCAGUAAAUAUGUGUCAAACAAAUGAUUUGGCAUAAAAAUAAAUGUUCUACCAAUGAAGAGCACUUAUUGUGAGUCCAGUUUUUAGGACUAGAUUUUGUUCUAUCAGAGACUUUUAAGUGAAUAUAAAGUCAUAGGACAAAUUAAUCUUCUGUAAACUUUAUCAACACUAUAGACUUAGUUGAUAGUAUAUUAAUGUUUUCUUAAAGAAUAAAUUUGCUUAUAACUUUUUACACUGUAUAAUUUUAAAAUUAUACACAUAAUUAUAAAAAAUUUUCAUUUUUGUAAUACACUGCUUAAAAUUUUAUGAUUAUUUAAAACUAUUUCUUUGUAUGGUUAUUCUAUAAUUUUUGCAUUGUAUUUUUUUAAUUGUUUGUGAAAAAAGGUAUCAUUUAGAGCACUGAUGCAGGAGGUUGGUGUUUGUAGCUAUCACUGAUUACAUACUGAGAGACUGUAUAUAUAUAUCUUUGGGUAACAGUACCUAUUAACCUGGAAUAACCAGGUCAUAACAGCUUGUUACCUUGCACCUUCACAUCUGUCAUAGAAAGUUUUCAGGAACAGGAAAAUGUGUAGAACUGAUGACAGUUCUUUCUUCAGCAGUCCUUUGUGAGGGACCUGUUGAAGUUCUUGAGAAAGUCUCACUUUUCUGAAAUAAAUACAUGGUAGUGUCCUUGAAUGGUGUUUUUCACUGUUGACUUGUUAUAAGCAGGUAAUACACCAUGAACAUUUCUAUGUUAAUGGAAAUCUUUUGGUAUUGAGUUCAAGCUUUCAAAAGUAUGAAGGAUCUAUUGAGGUGUAUAAUUGUUUCUGCUGAUCCCUUUACUGAAUUUUUCUGGGCUCUUACUUUCCUUCUAUGGUUUCUUUAUGAUUGGAGACUUUUGAAAUAGAACUAGCUGUUUUAUCAGCUUGCCAUAAGCCCAGUGGGACUGGGACAGUUUGUUUUGAUUUGGAUAUGAAAUUGUCCACAAAAAGUCUUGUGGUUGGACACAGAUUUUUAGUCUGUGGCUCAUGAUUUCUUACUAGGUUGCAAUAACUGAGGUUUAAAAAACAACUGGUAACAUUUAAAAGUUUUGAACACAGUCAUUAGAAGUUCAGACUUACAUGUGCAUUGAUUCUCAUAUGUCUCUGACAACAUUCAUUCAUGUUGCAUCAUGUGAUUUAACUGUACCUCCACUUUGUUCUGUUCAUGCAACAAGUAUAUUGCAUGUGAUGUCAUGCCACAGAAUGCCAAGUAACAGCUCCCCGAAGUACCUGAGCUCACACACAAGACCUGCUGAAUGUUGCAAUUUGAAAUGCUUUUACUAAAUAACCAGAGUUUUCUGCUCUUAUGGAAAUAGUGAUUUAAUUUUGGAAAACAGACUUUUCUAUUUUCCUAGUGUCAUUCAUCAACAUCUAAGUAAUCUGUCUUUAUAUUGUAUAGUAUAGUGUGGCUUUAAAAAUUGCUUGAGUUACUGACUUGUAUUUUAUUAAAAAAUCAUUCAGUGAUUAUUGGGUUGCAAUAAAGAAAAAUAUUUUAACAACUUA